GGGCGCCCUCACGAGUUGAAUUCUAAAAUUAAACCAGCGCAGCGGUUCCGCAAUUUCGUUUGGGAAAGCGCCACUUAUGAAUUGAUGAAACGCCGCGUUUGUGAAGAUUGCAUGAUUGCUUGUAGCCUUAUGGCUGUCAGUGUGCUGCUUAUCAUUGCCCUCGUCUCCAGAGCAGCACUUCUCAUCUCUGGGGAGCCGAAGUACGAGCAAGGUGUGGUGAGAGUCAACGAGGGUGAGAGAAUGCUGACCCAGAUCAGGCAGUAUGGAGAGCAUCCACGCUACGGCAGAUGCUGGACGAGAGCUUUGGAAGAAAUUAAUGAAGGUUGCAAACGACUCACAGACGACGAGCAGAGUUACCUGGCCCUGACCUUCGCCAACUGUCACUUAGAGAAGGCGGGUCUACCGUCGUACCCCUGCGAGAGCGGGACGACUGACAUCCAGACCUGCCUGUCACAGCUGCGGGGCGACGCCGUAGCGUUCAAUGCCUACACGGAGUUCUUCACCCACACCCAGGACAUCUGCUUCUUCUUGCAAAGCCAAGUCUGGCACGAGCAGACAGAGCAGACCGUCUCCCGGCUGGCCCAGAGCUCGGAAGACGUGGCGGUUAAGAUGGAGGUCACAGGUAAACUACAGGAGGAGAUGAUUGAGAAGCAGGGGGCAUCACUGAUGCAGCAAGACCUCAUCCUGCAGAACGAGGAGAAACUGAGAGAUGCACUCCAGACAUCCUCACAGGAUAUCAAGAAUGUCUUUGCGGAGAUGAAGGACCAGACCCAGAACCAGCAGCGUCUGUUUGAGGAGACCUUCAGCCGCGUGGGUGACAUCCAACGUCUCAUCCUGGGGGAAUUCAGCUGGUUCAACUCCCUGCUGUUCUUCGCCGCCGCCGUGCUGAUCGCCUACAUAGUGACCUCCGCGCCCCGUACCAGCGGAGCCAGGCUCUGGCUGUUCAUUAUCCUGGGGGUGGACUUGGUGGUUGAGAGAGGCGUGUUUCAAGUCGUUGGUGGCGAUCAGGCACAGCUUUAUGAUCACAUGUGGUUUUGUCGCAAGUGCUUCUGUGCCAUUGCCUUGGUGGUGCUCUUUGUUUGUGCCUAUCGAUACAAAGACUUGGCCACUGUGAACAACAUGCUCCUGCUGGAGAUCCGACGACAAAACUCGGAGCUGUGCCGCGUCAUGAAAGGAAUCGGUGUGAAUUCGUACCCAGCACUCGGGGGCAACAAUGUCGCCACAGCUCUGCAGUCUUCAGGUGCCGCUGCCAUGUCGCUGGUCGCGGGUCACAAACCACUCUCUCUCGGCCGAGACUACAGCGACAGUAUGUGGCACCGAACAGCAGGUACUGAAUGCCAAGAUUCAGACAACGUAACAGCAAUUGAUGGAUACAGCUCAGAAGACUUCACGAGUACAGACACGGAGCCCACCUACAUCGGGGCACAGAGCUCAACGGACACCGACGAACUGUCGGACACGGAGAGCUUCAUCACGGCAAACCAGGCCAGUCAGCCGGUCAGUCGGAGGGUCAGUCUGGAGGGACAGAGAAGGGGCAGUCAUCAGGCAUCAAACGACAGCUUCAUGCAGGGACUAAACAACUCGGUAAACACUCCAUUCCAAUCCAAUACACCGGAUGCCACCUUCACCGGCAGCUCCUCAACGACAAAGAGAAAACGAGGCCGGCCAAAAGGCAGCAGAAGCAGGCAGUCAACGCCGCAGAGUGAAAGUUGUAGGACACCCACUCAGACCCGCUACAACCUGAGGACUAGGGUUUCCGAGUCAUUCAACAACUCCAUCCUGAACACGGAGACGGUGCAGAUGUUUGUUGAACGGAUCGGCGCAUCGCUGGGCCAGAGGACCUACCGGGCCGAGAGGGUCCAGCCAAGACGUCGUAACGUCACCUCGUUUUCGUCUGACGACGAGUAUUGAACAAAAUCUUCAUUAAGAUCGCGUCUUGUUUGUCUGAUGACAAAUUAGGCAAGUUGCCUGCCGAGUAGCACUUGGUACGUGCGUUGUGAUUGGUUCUUUUCGUUUGAUUCAUCCGCAAUCUCGACAUAGGGAAACUGUCGGUAAAUGGACUCAAAAGAUGUUGUACUCAGAUUUUGUUCUAAUAAUUUAUCGGCAAGAUAUCAAUAGAAAAUUGCGCUUGCCUGUUUGAAAUGUUGUGUAGAGAUCUACAAAGGCAGUUUUUAGUAAUAAAAUUGAUAAAAUGGAAUCGGAUACCUGUAAAUAAGCAGUCGGGUUACGGGUACCCAGAUACCCAUCAUUGCCUUAAUAAAUACCAUUUGGGAACAUCUACAAUAAAUGUCUUUCUUUUUUUUCUUGAUGCAUUGAAAUCAGGACUUGUGCCGUUGACGGCAGUCUCCGUUUUGCUAGUUGCUUAUAAUUAUAUUUCUGACAACAAACUUCAAGACAAGCUCUUUUAGAACUUAAAGCAGGACUGUUCUUAUCAGAACAAAAACUACUUAGCGAAAGUUGAUAUUAAGCAGGACAUGUUCUUUUCAGAACUAAAUAUCUUCUAAGCAGUAGUUAUUACCACAUGGUGUUACCGCAAACCGAAACGAUACCGAUACUCCAUGCAAAGCCUCAAAUCUUAAACUUCAAUAUUGUUCAAAUGGGACUUGAAUUUAAAUGAUGCAUUUCGAAAUAUUGAGUGAAUAUUGAAGAAAAGAAUAUACAGUACUGCCACACUUUUAAUCAUAAGUGGAGAUUCAGGGUUACCACAAAUAGUACCGAGAUUAAGUACUAUCUGUAUUUUGUAAGCUUGUAUUCAUACUUUUUUUAAAAGAAAAUGUAAUAACACAUUGUAGUAUAUACCCCCCAAGGGUUUCUCAGGACUACCCCGCUAAAUCCAACAGGGUCCAACUAUUACUUCCUGCUUAAUCCAACAGAAUCCAACUGUGCCUAAUUUUUAGUUGUCUGUUGGAUCCAACAGAGUCCAACUCGACGUUAUUUAUCAGUACUCAACAGAAUCCGACUCUGAAUAUGUACAUGCACAUUUGUACAAGGGGUUUACUGCUCAAUCCAACAGGCUCCAACGGGUUUAUGAUACAGUUGGAUCCUGUUGGAUUCAGCAGGGUUAGGGUGUUCUUAGAAGUGGGCAUGAAUGUUAAAACCUUGGACGAAAACUUGCUGUUGAUAUCAUGUGUAUCAUUAAUUGACUUUUAUCUGUGUCCUGCCAAGUUCACUUCAGGGUUUUGUAAUAUUUUUCAGGGUUUUGUAGUAUUUUUCAUUGACUUCAGACUUUUUUAUGCAAGAAAUUUAUACGAAGACUUGUUUGCAAAAGUUGUAACUGUGAUGAAGGAAUGGAAGAAAGACUAUUAAUUUCAUUGUAGCA